CCCCGCCUCGCCCGCGCCCCGCGCCCGCAGGAGACUGCCUUCGGAAGAUGUCUCUGGGAGCCAGUCGCCUGCUGUCGAACACCUCGCGCUGGCGCUGCCACCGGAAAAUCUGGUUGCAUUCGGGGGAGGCCUGCUAGGGCUGCGGGCCGGGACCGCGGGCCUGAGAUGAGCGGCCCGUGGCCAUGAACAGAUACACAGUCCUCAAGCAGCUCGGGGACGGCACCUACGGCUCCGUCCUGCUGGGAAGAAGCGUGGAGUCCGGGGAGCUGAUCGCCAUUAAGAAAAUGAAGAGAAAGUUUUAUUCCUGGGAAGAGUGCAUGAACCUUCGGGAGGUUAAGUCUUUAAAGAAGCUCAACCAUGCCAACGUGGUGAAGUUAAAGGAGGUGAUCCGGGAGAACGACCACCUUUAUUUCAUCUUCGAGUACAUGAAGGAGAACCUCUACCAGCUCAUCAAAGAAAGAAAUAAGCUGUUUCCGGAGUCUGCUGUAAGGAAUAUUAUGUACCAGAUACUACAAGGCCUUGCGUUUAUCCACAAACAUGGCUUCUUCCAUCGGGACCUGAAGCCCGAGAACCUCCUGUGCAUGGGCCCCGAGCUCGUGAAGAUUGCGGACUUCGGGCUGGCGCGCGAGAUCCGGUCCAGGCCCCCGUACACGGACUACGUCUCCACUCGGUGGUGAGCGCGUACCCGCGCGCCGGAGGUGCUGCUGAGGUCCACCUCCUACAGCUCCCCCAUCGACGUCUGGGCCGUGGGCUGCAUCAUGGCGGAGGUGUACACGCUCAGGCCGCUCUUCCCUGGAGCCAGUGAAAUCGACACCAUUUUCAAAAUUUGCCAAGUGUUUGGGGACUCCAAGAAGACUGACUGGCCUGAAGGCUACCAGCUGUCAGGCGCUAUGAACUUCCGCUGGCCUCAGUGCGUGCCCAACAACCUGAAGACCCUCAUUCCCAACGCCAGCAGCGAAGCCGUUCAGCUCCUCAGAGACAUGCUGCAGUGGGACCCCAAGAAGCGGCCGACGGCGAGCCAGGCUCUGCGCUACGCUUACUUCCAGAUUGGACACCCGCUGGGCAGCGCCGCCCAGAGCCUCCAGGAGGCCGGAAAAGCGCAGAAGGAGAUCCUGGAGAAGGCAGGGCCCCCUCCUCCCCUCAAGCCCGUCCCGCCCGCGCAGCCCCCGGCCAAGCUGCACGCGAGGGUCUCCUCCCGACCCCAUCAAGCCAACCCAGCCCCCCCGCGCCGCACGUACCCCUACAAAGCAGAGGCCUCCCGCGCAGACCACCCGAGCCAGCUUCAGGAAGACAAGCCCAGCCCGCUGCUCUUCCCGUCUCUCCACAAGAAUCCUCCGCUGAAAGCCGCGGCCGGCCCGGAGCCCCCGAGCGAGGCCCUGAAGCCCGCGGGCCGGCGGCGGUGGGGCCUCACCGCCAGGUCCGCGAGGGACGCGGACGACUGGGCCGACCUGGACGGCUUGGGUUUCGGCUCCCGCUCGCCAGGAUCGACGUUCGAGAGCGUGGUGGACCUGAAGCCCCCCGAGCCCGCAGGUGCGGGGAGCAGCGCCCCGGCCCAGCCGCCCCACCCCCGGCGGGACACGCCCACCCUGCGCGCCGCCGCCAAGCUGCACUACCUGAGGCACGCGCGCUACCUGCCCGGUGAGCGGACGGGGGGGCACCCCACUCCCCAUCCCACCCCCACCCCCUCCCCCCACCCCCCACCCCGCACACGAGGACGACAUGCGAGGGACCGAGGGCCGACACACUCCCCCGGACAGACCUACGAUGUGGGAAACGGGGUCACGGCCCCGCCCCACCCCCCACCCCCACCCCACGGCCCUCUAUCCCGCGGGGCCCCCGAGACCUGGAGGGUCAGCGGCCGGGUCUCCGGGCGACAGGACGGGGAGACAGACGGCACCCCGCCUCCAGAUCCCCCACUCCGGCCUGCGGGCUGCACAGGCGCCGCACACAUCAGUGCACCCCGACACAGGGUGGGGGGCUCCCCGCGGCUCCUCCCGCACCUCCCCUCCCCGCUGGCCCGGAGACACCGGGAGAGCAGAGCAGCCACGCCACGGGAACCGCCCGACGGGCGAGGGCUCUGA